AUGCCACCCCGAUACCAACUGACCUUGCGAGAUAUCCAAGGCGAGGAGGAGGUCGGCAGCCAGGCCAAUACUUCUCCCGAGUCCAGAUCGAGAUCUCAGACUCCACGGAGCGCCAGACCAAGAAGUCCAGCAGCCAAAUCCUUGACAACCGCCAACACCAGAAGCAAACAACACGUGACUUUGACGUCAUGUGGUGGGUCUGAUGAAGGCUUCCGGAAAUCGGAGGCUGGCUCCAACACCGUCCUACCUGCCAGGACACUCCUCCGCGACCUCCGAGCGAGUUCACUUCGCUGUGAGAAACGUGUCGCCGUUCUCAGAGGUUGCAGGCGGAGUUCACUUCUGCGACCAACAACGCAACGCCCAGCGCCGGGUGGGUGUCAUGGGAGACCACCCAGCGGCAGCUUUGUGCGUGGAGCGAGGAAGAGUAGCACUGUGCAGAAAGACAAAGGCCGACACGAGCCAGUCCUUCUACGGUGUCACCAUGCACUCUUAUCCUCCAGAGAUGACGAAAGCUACAUUGCGCAUCUCCGGAAACUGUAUCUUAAUGGCGUCCGUGACCUUGCGAAGGCACGUGACAGGGAACCCGACAUUGACCGGCACAAGACCAUCAAGGAGCGCAUAGACUACGACAGAAAGGUCGGCCGGAUCCUACAGUAUUACGCAGAUGUCGACCUUCCCGUCGUCUGCAAAUCUGGGAUAAUACCAUCCUUCCAACCGAUCUUCAGCCGCCUCCCGGUCUUCUCUUUUACGGGAGACAAUUCCAGGUUUCUUCAGCUCGGGCACCUGUACACAGCGACUCCCGUGGUGUUGACAUCGAGAAUCAUGUCCCUUCUAGCAGCUUUGGUCAGGUCCGCAGUCAAGAAACUCUUUCCCAGACCACAGAUUUUGUCUGGCAUGCAGGCUAUGGUAAAUACGAGAAUAAAUAACAAGGCUACACUCCAUAAAAGGCAGUUCUACCUGCACACACCUGCCCGCGACAGGCAUGUGAAUGCCGAGGACGGUCGUCCAGACUCGUCCAGUUGUUUGUGCGCCAUCUGUCGGCUGGAGAUGCACGUGGCGCUGCUGACACGCGUGCAGGCAGCUCACUGUCCCGUGGAGACCUUCUCGAUCCAGAGUCCGAAGACUUCAGACAAUCCGUCUUCCGGUGUCAGUCAGGAUGACUCCAUGACCAAAGACACCAGAAACGGUCAGGUGAGCGUCACCAUGAAAACCAGGGCCUGUGCUGCGGUCAGACCACAGUCUGUGGCAUCCUACCUGCACUCUGACCCUGUCGUCUUGUUUGAGGACAGGAGGUCACUGUUGCGGAUGGAGGGGUGGAUGCUCGUGCAGAGACCGCAGCUCCGGAGCCGACCAGUCUGAGUGUGACCUUACCUGCCGCAGGAUACUCCAUCAGCAGGGGCACAGACUCGGGGCACCUCGAAUUCGAAUCAGAGCUCCGGGAAUCGCCUGAAGUAGGACUUCAACAUGGGGAGGAGAUUUUAAAAGACGAUGAAGUUGUGACACAUACGAAAGAACUGUUAGGUGGCGAUGACCUUUUGACACUGAAGGAAGAAUACGCGAAGGACAAUAAAGUUGCGACACGGAUGACAGAAAGUGUCAGUGACAAUGCACUCAUGCCACAGGAGAAAAACAUUUUAAUAGGUAAUGAAACUGAAGCAGAAAUAGAGAAAAUUGUAAACAAUAGUGAAACUGUCACACGGAGGGAAGACCAAUGAACGGUCGUUGGGAGGAAAAGACCAAACUAAACAAGACCCUGACAAGCCGUAGCAUGUCUAAGCGCGAUGCAAACCUGAUCAAUGACAACAGUUACAUCAUUACAGGUAACUCAUGUUGAGAGGUUACAGAUCUGCAUUCCAUUGAUCUUACAUACAAAGGCUUUCCUCAAGGUGGAGCCGACGGUGCUGGUGUCCGCCAUGUUGAGGAGUGUGUUGACAGCAUCGUGUACAACACGGGUUGAUCCCAAAUAAAUCUUCAAAAUACAUGUGACACGCUCGCACAAUUGUAUCUAAUAAUAACAGUGUUAGGAUAAUAUGACAUCUCUGAAACAGGUCCACACACACACACACAGCAAACGCAGAUGAACAUACACAUGUACGUAUCUAUUCCCUAUCGUACAUUCUCGCACUGACGAUUGAGGUAAGCACAACACACCUGUUGUCUAAACUCAUAAAUGAAAGCAGAUGCCAAGUGAUACGAGAACAUAGAUAAAUCUCAAAUAAAUCUAGAAAUGCGAAUUUUGUUUAUCUGUGUGUGUGAGAGAGAGAGAGAGAAAGUGUGAACGAGGUAGAUAGAGAUAUAGGAGUAGGAUGGCAAAGUGGUAAUCAGCGAUGGUGAACGGAGGAAACAUAAGAAAGAAUGUCAACUAAAAUAUGAAAUUUUGUGUUACGGUAGCGUG